AUGCAAGAGAAUAUCAAAAAAAGAUCUAUAGGAACGAAAGGAAAUAUAAGUAGUAGUGAUAUAGAUAGCGCUAACGUAAAAAAUGUAGUUGAGCAUGAAGAUUUGUCAGAUGAUCAAGAAGAUACUCAAACAAAGAGAAUUAAAUUCGAUAAUAAAUCGGAUCCCCCUCCAAUUGAUGACAAACCGUCAAAAGACAAUACGCUUCCAGAUGAUUUUUUUGAUAAUUCUUCUAAAACAACGUCAAGUCAACAAGAAAAAACUACUGAUGAGAUCGAAGAAGAGUGGAUCUUAUUUCAAAAACUGAUAUCUAAAGAAACACAAGUUAGUAAUCAGAUUGCGUACGAAGAUGAAGAAGAGUUGCAACGUGAUAGAGAUGAAAUGUUAGAACGUGAACAAGAAAUAUGCAUUAAGAGAUCAGAACGAUUAAAGGAAGUUGCCAAGAAAGUUCGUGAGAAUCGUGAGCAAAAAAUGGUUGAUACUGUUAAAAAAGAUAUAGACGAGUCUGAUGACGAUAGUGACGAGGAUAUCGACGAUG